AUGUCGAAAUUUACUGCUUCUGUCAGUGUGCCUUUAGCCAAUGUCAGUCUGGCAUCGGUACCACAGCUUCGCCCUGCCGAGCGGGCAUCAGCCCUCGUCUCGGCCAUGAACACGGACAAGAAGCUGAAUAAUAUCAUCAGGUCACUCCCAGCAAAUGUAGAGGGCAGGCCAGAAAUGCGUAUAUGGCACGUCAAACCCCACUUGUCUGCAUAUGGUGGGCGCGUUGUGCAGCGCAAGCAGACUGGCGCUUAUCCCGCUGUUGGGCUAUCCUCGACGCUUUUCUUUCUUCAGUAG